AUGGGUCCUAUCGGUAGAUCAGGCCCUCCCCCGGGCGUCAUGGGCGACGAGAAGACCGGCAACAAGCUGCGCCGGAAGAUGAACCAUGUCAAGCGCAAGAGAGCCAAGGAUGCUGCGCGCCGAGCUGAACGUUACGCCUUUAAGAAGGAAGAAGCCAAAAAUCCCAAGUUGAAGGCUGAGCGUCUCAGUCGGAAUAUUCCUCUGACCCUGGAGCGCAAACGUGUCUGGAACGAAGCCGACAACGACGCCGACGAGACCGGACUAGGACUGAGCGUUGACGUCGAACGCAUCAAGCGCGCCAAGCAAGAAGAGGAGGACGAGCUCAACCGGCCAUUGGAGGAGGGUGAAGAUGACAGCGAGGCUCCGGAAUCAGACAACGAGUCUGUUGACAGUAUGCUGGAGUCGGAUGCCAGCGACGACGAGGAUGAAGAACAGGAUGAAGAAAAGGACGCCAAUCGCGGCCGAAAGAAGUCGCUCCCGACUGCCACAGAGCGUGCCACGAGUCCGACUCAGUCCACACGCAGCACAAACUUGAGCCUUGCCCCCGAAGCAUUGGCCGCCAAAUUCCCUACACUCUUCACCGAUGGACCCCCACCCACCCCGAAAAUCCUCAUCACCACCGGCCUCAACUCCACCCUUCACGAAGAAGCCGAGAUCCUCACUGAGAUGUUCCCCAACAGUGUGUAUAUUCGACGCAACGCACACCGGUACUCGCACAAGUUCUCGAUCCGCGAGAUCUCCAAGUUUGCCUCCAACCGCAACUUCACAACAGUCAUCGUGUUGAACGAAGAUCAGAAAAAGCCCUGCGGCCUGACAAUGGUGCAUCUUCCCGUCGGUCCUACCUUCCACUUCACCAUCAGCAAUUGGAUCGAGGGCAAGCGUCUUCCGGGACACGGCCGAGCCACCGAGCAUUGGCCCGAGCUAAUCCUCAACAAUUUCCGCACUCCUCUUGGUCUACUCACUGCUCAUUUGUUCCGUACUCUGUUCCCCCCUCAGCCUGAUUUCGAGGGCCGACAAGUCGUUACGCUGCACAACCAGCGUGAUUACAUCUUUGUCCGUCGUCACCGCUAUGUCUUCCGCGAGAAGCGUGAGACCGAGAAGGCGGUCGUUGGUGCUGACGGAAAAGAGAUGGCGGGUGCCGAGGGCAUCCGCACUGGUCUCCAGGAACUUGGACCUCGCUUCACACUGAAAUUGCGUCGUGUUGAUAAGGGCAUCCAGCGUGCCAGUGGACAGGAGUGGGAGUGGAAGGGUGGAAUGGAGAAGAAGAGAACUCUGUUCCAGCUGUAA